GAAACACUACACUACCUUCCUCUACCAUCUUUCCUUAGCCACGUCUAUCCACCUCUACUACUUGUUUCUACGAUCGCUCCACGUCUCACGAGACCUACCUUCCACAGAAGAAAACACACUACAAUGCCCUCCUCCUCGCUAGCAGACUACCUCGCCAAAAACUACCUGACCGCCGACCCGGCCCCGACCGACCGCCCCAAGAAGAAACGCAAGAAGACGACAACCCACAAACCCGAAGAAUCCGGCCUCAUCAUCGCCGAUGACGACCCUCCAGAUCUCCGCGCCGCCUCCGGCGUCCGGGAUCUAGACGAUGACGAAUACAACCCGGCGAUCGUGUCGGGCGCCCGCGGCGGGGGCGCCGGCGGGGAGUUCCGGCGGGCGAAGAAAUCCGGGUGGAAGACGAUUGGCGGCGCGGAUGCGGAGAAGGAUGCGGCGGAUGCGAUAUUGGCGUCUGCGGCGGCGGAACGGAAGGCCGGGCGCGGCGGGGAUGAUGAGGAUGAGGAUGAGGUGCCGGUUGUUGCAGAUGAGGAUGAAGAUGAUUACGAUGGGAUGAGGAUGGAAUCUGGGGCGCGAGCGGGGUUGCAGACGGCGGCGGAUACAGCGGCCAUGGUGGCGGCGCAGGAGCGGAGGAAGAAGCUGGAGGCCGCGCGGUAUAAGGGCAGUGCGGUGGCCGCUGGGGAACAGGCGCAGGAGACGAUCUACCGUGAUGCGUCCGGGCGCAUCAUCAAUGUGGCGCUGAAGCGGGCGGAGGCGCGCCGGGCGGAGGAGGAGAAGAAGCUCAAGGAGGAAGAGGCGCGCGAGGCGCUCAUGGGCGAUGUGCAGCGGCAGCAGCGGGAGGAGAGGCGGCAGCAGCUACAGGAGGCCAAGGCGAUGCCGCUGGCGCGCACGGCCGAGGACGACGAGCUGAACGACGAGCUCAAGGCGCGCCAGCGCUGGAAUGACCCCGCCGCGCAGUUCUUGACCAAGACCGCCGGGCCCGGCACCAGUGUGACGGGGAAGCCCUUGUACAAGGGGGCGUUCCAGCCGAAUCGCUAUGGGAUCCGGCCGGGCCAUCGGUGGGAUGGCGUGGAUCGGAGUAAUGGGUUCGAGAAGGAGUGGUUUGCGGCCAGGAAUCGGAAGGGGAGGCUGGAGGCGCUGGAUUACGAGUGGCAGAUGGACGCGUAACUGGUUUUCUGGAGAGUGGUGUGUGGGGUGUGUGGUGUGGUUCAGAUACCUAUGAC